AUGCUCAAACUCGAGUUCGUGCCGGCCGCCGGUGAGAAGCUCGUGCUCAAGCUCUCUCCUCCGCCGCCGCUUGCUGACAAGCAGGCGUCUCUGGCGGACAACACGGCCGUCGUCGACUCUGACGGAGGUAACGCCGUCGGCAUCCCCUCCGAGCCCGUCUCGCUCAAGGAUGGCAUCGGCACCGGCACCGGCGGCACCUGCACCGCCAACACCGGCACUGGCAACGUCCCGUCCGAGGGCGAGCCCGCCGGCUCGCUCGCCGGCGUCCACUUUGCGGGCGUUUCGCUCGACGCCGUGCCCGAGGCGUCCCGCUUCACCGUCGACGAUCCGGCCGGCGCCAAGGCCGUCGGCAUCCCGCCCGAGAGCGAGCCCAGCCCGCUCAAGGACGGCAUUGACGCGGGCGGCGGCAACGUCGCGGGCGAGUCUUCGCCGAUGAAGUCCUUCGCGAAGGUCGGAAUCGUGCCGGCUGACGACGGCCGCGUCACGCUCGUCAUCUCCGCGUCGGUGUCGCCUUCGCUCCCCGGAGCCAAGGCGUGCGGCAUCAAGAACGUCAACAUCUCCGUGGCAAAGUCUGGCCCGGAGGGCGUCCUCAAGAAGGACCCGGCCGCGGAAAAGGCGCCCGACGCGGGCGUGGUCGACUCGGACAAGGCCAAGGCCAUGUUCGCCACCCACGCCGUUUUCUGGUCCAAGUUUACGCGCCCGACCGGCCCACCGACGGCCCCCACCGGCGCCGUCGAGGGCGCCCUCAAGAAGGACAUCCCUGCGGCAACGUCUGGCGCGGAGGCCUGCGUUGACGAGACCGGCGCCAUCAAGAACCCGGCGCUCAAGCCGGCCACCGAGGUCGCCACGGCCCUCAAGCCGGCGGAGGCCGGCGGCGCGCCGCUGCCGUCGAUCAAGGAAUUUCCGGAGGAGAAGAAGCCCGCCGCCACGGCGGCGAGCGCCUGGUGCGCGCCGGCGUCUGCGACCCACUCUGGCGACGCCGACUGGAAGGAGUUUCCAGAGGAGACGGCCGCCCCUGCGGGCAUCCCCGACAGGACCACGCCGUCGAACCCGCGCCGCAAGAAGGGGCGCAAGGGCGCGUCCGCCCCGAUCGUCCGCACCAAGAGCAUCGCCCCGGUCGGCGGCAACAACCGGUUCGGGGCCCUGCUCAAAAUGGACGGCAACGAGGGCAUCCUCGGCGGCACCGGCAAGGUGCCCCGCGGCUCCACGCCGUCGACCACAGACUCGGGCGCGACGGCCAACGUCGAGACGACCACGAUUACCACGCCGGAGGGCUCCGUCUCUGCCUCCGGCUGGUUCUCUUGGCCCAAGUUCUGCCCCUCCUACUUGCUCCGCCUCUUUGGCAUCCUCGCGCUGCUCUGCCUCGGAACCGCGUUUGCGCUCUCCUCGUACCCUGCCACCUCCGCGCUUCUCUCCUCGCAGUGGCACGAGUCCCCGACUUCCUUUCCCGCAGUCACAACGCCGAUCGCGCCGGCAUCGCUUAACGGCUUCUGCGAGGUUGGCGGCAUCGACACCAGCUCGUUUGUGGCCAUCGUAUCGUCGGACAGCGCGCCCGCCAACCACCCGGUGCGUGCUCGCUCGCGCGUGCUAGUAUCCGCGCCGCGCAAGCUCGUGACUAACAGCCCGCGCGCCGUUCAGGGCGGACACGAGGACGGGCGCUCGUUGGAAGCACUGAUGGACGAGAUCGGCGAGGCGGUGGGCGAGCCGUUGCACCUAAUUGGCGAGCCGCUGGCGUCCGUCAAGGAAAUUUACGAGAAGCAGCCGGCCGAGGCCGACUUGGAGACCGUCCCGGCCUCGCGCAACAGCAUGGAGCGCAAGGGCGAGCCUGAGUUCGACCUCGUCGGUCCCGUCUACAGCAACAGGACGGGGAUCAUCGCUCGGGGACGCGACACCGUCUUGCUCGUGAACGGCACGUCGCCCAAGUUGCGGCCCGCCGACGCUGGGAAGCCUGGGAUGCUGGAGGUGCGGAAGCUGGUCGAGACUGGCCUCGGCGCGCCCGUCGCUAGCAUGCACGCCGGCGGCGAGUGGCGGGCGAUUGACGGAUUGACGGACGUUUCUCGAGUGCCAACCAAGGAUCUCUUCCUCCAGCUUGGCCGGGCCGUCGACCCUCUUCUCGCGGAGCCGGCGUGGCCUGAAGAGGUCCGCGCCGCUCAGAUCUCCGACUCGAACGCGGUCGAGUCAGAUAUCUUCUCGGUCUCAAGUGCGUGCGCCGACUGGCAGCCACGCUGCGCCGCCCCUGCGUGGCACGAGGAGCCUCACCACGCGACAAGCCGCCCGCGGACCGACAAGCCGCCCGCCCCGCCAGCCGACGAACUCUCCAUCGACCCCGCCUCCCCGUUCCACAUUCCCUUCAUCAGCGGACACUCCUCUUCCGCGCCUGGCCGCGCACAGCUGCGCGGUCAGCUUUGGGCCGCCUUGUUCUUGCUGCUCGGAGCGUGCGGCGGCGUGCUGCUCUCGGUGCGGAGGAGCAAAUCGGGGCGCCUCGUGCGGUGCCGGACGGGGCACGGCGCGUGGCUGCUUCUACUCGCGAUGCUUCCGCUGGCAUCGCCAGUGUCACCGUCGCAGAAUGCAUAUCUUGUUUCUGGCGACGUUCCGACGUGGCCGUUCGCUGAGGGAGACCAUUGGCAGCGGAGAGACAACAUCAGCACCCACAAGCAACUCAACGCCGGUCGGCGCAGGCCACACUGCCCGAUCAGCAUGGAUCUUCUGCUCAGCACAUUCAUUACAAACAAGCGGAGUAGGGGAAAUCGGUACAGCAGGCUGCAGGUAUUUCGCCAUGCGAUGCGCUCAUAUUUUGAUCUCCCCAUCAAUGGUUUCUACUUAUUCAUCCAACUCGACGAGGAGUUCAGCAGUCAAAGGCAAAACCUAGAGAACGAGCUGACUUCUUCCCUCGGCAGCCGCCUUCAGCACUUGGAAUUUACACGCAUAUUGACACAAGCCAAAUGGAAAUGGCUUAUGAGCUCAAUCGGAUCCGACAAGCACUCAGGGCGGCUUGUCUUCUUCCUUCAGAAUGAUGACCAUGUCUUUAUCGACGUCGACACUUCCCUGCUAUGUCAAGGGCUUAUGCUGCUACACUCAGAGCCGUCAAAGUUCAAGACCUUGUACAUGUCACAUUGGCCAGAGGCACUGCGUCUAACAGGCAAAGUGUCACCACCUCAGCGCAUUGGGGGCUUUGUUCGUACCAACCUGACUAUGGUAGACGCUGUUCAGGUGUUCAACCUGGGCUUUCUUCAUCACAUCUUCGUCGAGCUUGAAUGGCCUCAAGGGCUGCAGGUCCGUCGAAUCGAUCGACUCAUCAUGCAACGGGCGGUGUGGGGAACAUUUGCGCAAUCACUUCUUCGUACGGCAGACACAGAGAACUCGUUGCAAGCCUUCUUUGUGCCGUUGCGUGAGUUGUGCCGCAAAUUUGAUGGUUACAUGCACGUCGGAAUUCCUUUUGCGAAGGUGCCCCAACUUGAGAUCAACCAUACGCAGCCCGUGCGGUCAGCAGAUAGUCUGAAGCAGGUAAUGCUCGCAGCCGAGAAGCUGCAGAACGACCCGUGGUCCCGCGGGAAUAAUUUUUCCGUUCCCGCUGAAUGGGUGUCUGUAAUGCUUGACCUAUAUGGUGUGCCGCGGACGACUUCAAUGGACCUCUGA